CGUACGGACACCGCGCGGCACACACCGCCAUCGGUACGGGCCACACACUCGGAGCAGUAGUAGUCGUCGUCGAUCGCGCGCACAGAGCCCCAUUCCUGUGUCCGUCCGUCUGUCUGUGUGUUUCGCGCGCUCACGAAGAAGAGACCGAAAAACAACAUCGAUGAGACAAAUAUUGUUCACUGCCGAUCGGUCAGUCAGUCAUUAACCAUCGGCUAGCUUAGCCGCGCAGUUCUUCCUUCUCUCUUCUUGGUGUACGACGUACACACCAGGACUCAACCCAGCCUGCCGAUUUUAUAAGAAAAAGAUAAAAAAAAGAAGCUGGUCUGGUAAAAGUCGAUGGUUUUAUUGAUUUGGCGUUAGAGAGACCGACCGAUUUUUUCGAUUUUUCUCCUUUUCAAAACAACUUGGCUGGGUUGGCGCGGGUGGGCAAUUUGUCGUCGGCAACGUGCGCGCGUUUAAAACCGAGUGAGCUUUUACUGUCUUUUUUUAUUUUACAUUUUGUUUUGUUGGCCAAUUGUUCGUGUGAACCAAGAGAGUGUGAGUUGAAUUUUUUUUCAUCGUCGCAAGUACACGAGAACACAUAAAAGCGCCAAGAUGGAAGUGUGGAACUGGCUGAAAGAAAGCUACCUAAAUACGGAAACAGACGACAGAACGAAGGACUACUUGAUCGUGAAGUACGAAUGGAGCAUGUACCUGAUAUUCGCCGGUUAUCUGUACUUCGUCCUGCGAUGCGGCCCGAGGUACAUGCAGGACAAGGAGCCCUGGAGCUGCAAGACCUUCAUCAAGUAUUACAACAUUUUUCAAAUAAUCUACAACUACUGGAUCGUGCACUCGUGCAUCAAGUACGGACUGUUCACGGAUUUCGGCCUCGGCUGCGUCUUCGUUGACAGGUCACCUGUUGGCAGACCCAUGGAGCUCGUCAAUGUUUACUACUGGACACUGGUGUUGAAAAUGAUCGAUCUCGUCGAGACGGGGGUAUUCGUCUUGAGGAAAAAGCAGCGACAGAUCUCGUUCUUGCACCUGUACCAUCACAUCUCGACGAUCUACAUCGCCCAGAUGUCGGUCAGGUACUUCCCCGGCGGUAUGGCCACGGUGCCGAUCGUCGUGAACUCCUCCAUCCACGUGGUCAUGUACACCUACUACUUGCUCAGCAGCCAAGGGCCGUCCGUGCAAAAGAUCAUCAAUCCCUUCAAGCCCUACAUUACCAUAAUGCAAAUGGUACAAUUCUUCUUCUUGUUGGGACACACUUUGCAAGCUUUCAUGCCCUACUGCCAUGUACCAAAAUGGGGAGCUGUGGUAAUGGUCUUCAAUCUCUUCAUGAACUUCAUCCUGUUCUACAACUUUUACAGGCAAAAUUACAAGGCACCAACAAAAGCAAAAGUUGAAGGAAAAAAGAACUGAAACUUUCAGACAAAAGAAACCAAAGCUCAGUUCUCACUUGAAGUAAGCAAAAAGUUCUUGGCUAUGCCUAAGUUUUAUUUUCAUGGUUUCAAAAUUCAAAGAUAUCUUAUAGCAUGAAAUUUUAUCUCUAAUCUAUCAAUUUUUCAUUGAUAAAUUCCGCUCAAGUAUGAGAGAUUCCAAGGUACUUCAUUUCAAUCACUUAAAAGUGGCGUGCAAUACUUUAACUAAUAGCAUAGAUUAAAAGCAAUAAAUGUCAUCGCUGUCUACGAGGCUAAAUUUAAAUACCAUGGAUUGUUUAGUAACAGGGAAAAGUAACAAAAUAGGUGUGUGAGAAUGGCAGCACAUUCCAAAUUUGUCACAAUGUAAAUGAGAGAAAAAAAAAUUUUUUAUAUAUUUUUUGUAAAUUAUUGAGCUAAUGAAAUUUUAAAAAUUUUAUAGAUAAAUUGCUUAUUACAUCAAUCCAAUACGCAAUCUCAAGAAAUUAAAUGAAAAACAAAGUAUUGGCUUCAUGUGAGCAAAUUAUAGAUUCAUUUAUGUUCAUUGUUUAUGAUUGAUUUUGCAAUUGACACAUAUAUUGUGUACAAUAUUAAUAAUAAUGAUAAUUAAAAUAAUAUUAAUAAUAAUAAUACUUGAUGUAACUUACAAAUUGAAGAUUGACAAAAAUAGUAAAGGUUAUUGUAAGUGUUAGUUAAUUUCCUCUGUAAAUACAUGGCCUGAUGCCAAGUGUAAAUAACAAUGGAUAAAUUGAAAUUGUUUCUCUUUCAAUUAUUGAUUUGUAUAAAUUCUAAUAAAAAACAAAAAAAAUUCUUUGAUAA